GUAGUGGAAUUAUUAUAAGAGCGGUAUUUACGUUUGAGUCCGAUUUUUUGUAUGCUUUAGAGCAUUUAUCAAUCAGCAUUUCAACACAGGAAAUGGAAGGCGAAGAAAACGCAGGAGAUGUGAAAAUCUACCUGAAGGGCAGACCUAUUUAUCUGUACGCCCCCACUACUGUGGAGGAAACAACUUCUGAUCCACCUUCUGAAAGUCUACAACUGGAGUGGGUCUAUGGAUACCGUGGUAAAGACUGCCGCUCUAACCUGUAUUACCUCCCCAGCGGGGAAAUCAUCUACUUCGCCGCCGCCACGGUCGUCCUCCAGAACAUCGAGGAGAACGCCCAGAGACAUUAUAUAGGGCACACUGAUGACGUCAAGUGCCUGGCUAUUCAUCCUGACCAGGUCCGAGUGGCCACUGGGCAGGUGGCGGGGCAUGACGCUGAAGAAGGCAAGGAGUCAGCAAGUCUUCCCCACGUUAGGAUCUGGGAUUCGUCUACACUGGAGACACUCCAUGUUCUUGGGAUUGGGGAGUUUGACAAGGCGGUGUGCUGUCUAUCCUUCUCCAAACUGGAUGGCGGUAAUCAUCUGGUAGCUGUUGAUGAGAACAACUAUCACAUCAUGUCGGUCUGGGAUCUGACUCAGGAUAGUCCACAAAAAAUAUGCGACACCAAGUCCUCAACAGAAGUUGUGCUGGGAGCUGAGUUCCACCCCCUGGAGGAGAACAGCAUCAUCACCUGCGGGGGUCAAGGGCAGGUGUCCUUCUGGACGUUAGAGGGAGACUCCUUCUCGGAGAAAACAGGAAUAUUUCAUGACUAUGAAAAGCCAAAGUAUGUGUCAUGUCUAGCAUUUGCUGAAAAUGGGGAUGUUCUUACUGGAGAUUCAAAUGGAAACAUUUUCAUCUGGCCACAAGGAAGCAAUACAAUUUCCCAAGCCAUUGAGGGAGCACAUGAGGGUGGGGUUUUCACUGUAUGUGUAAUGAAAGAUGGAACUGUGUUGUCUGGAGGUGGAAAAGACAGAAAGAUCAUACAGUAUGACAGUGCCUACAACAAGACAGGGGUAGAGACAGAGUUAGAGGAGAAGUAUGGGGGUGUGAGGAUGCUGAAUGAAGGCAAUGAAGGGAUGGUUCUGGUGGGAACCACUAGGAACUGUAUAUUACAGGGUUCCCCUGAUCUACAACUCAAUGCCAUCGUACAGGGUCACACGGAUGAGCUAUGGGGACUUGCCUCACACCCUAGCCAGCCUCAGUUCUUGACCUGUGGGUCAGACAAGCAGGUCUAUAUGUGGGACAGCACAAGUCGUUCAGUCAUCUGGUCUACAGAAGUCUCAGAGCCAGCCCACAGCUGCUGUUUUUACCCUGAAGGAAGUGUUGCUGCCAUUGGGAGUGGGACGGGAGCCUGGUUUGUUCUGGACAUGGAGACACAAGAAGUGGUCACUAGUAACACUGACGGCAGCGAACAGAUAGAGUGUGUCCAGUACUCACCAGAUGGCAGCUACCUUGCUCUUGGAUCCAGAGAUAAUCACAUCUACAUCUAUGAAGUAGCAGAUGGAGGAAAAUCAUAUAAUGCGGUUGGACAAUGCACAGGACACAGCAGCUUUGUGACACAUCUAGAUUGGUCGGCUGAUGGUUCCUACCUACGGAGCAACUCAGGAGACUACGAAAUUCUGUACUGGAUGAUGCCAAGCUGUGAACAAGAGAUUAACAUUUCUGCCAUCAGAGAUGUAGAGUGGGCCACUGGAUACUGUACCCUAACCUUUAAUGCUGCAGGUGUGUGGCCUGAGGGAGCAGAUGGUACUGACGUGAACAAUGUCUGCAGAUCCCACAAUGGUCAAAUUCUGGCCAGUGCUGAUGACUUUGGAAAAGUGAAUCUCUACCACUACCCAUGUUCUCAGCCUAAGGCUGAUAAACAUGUAUAUAAAGGACACAGCAGUCAUGUGACUAACGUAAGCUUCCUGUUUGAUGAUUCACGCUUACUGUCGACUGGUGGUAGAGACAUGUCCAUACUGCAGUGGCAGGUCGUGUAGAGGAAAACAAUGUUAUUUACUAGGUUAAAAUGAGGAAAAAAUGUUUUAAGUUCCUUAUCAAAUAAAUAUAAAUUAUUUGUAAUCCUUACUACAAUGUAGUCAAUUGUAAAAAAUAAGGUUUAAGCAGCCAGUGUGAAGAUUGCAUGUUUAACUCCCUCUAUGACUUUUUUAGUUCUUAUAGUCUGUUGUAACAUUUGAAAAUGAACAUGUCCAUAAUGGAAUUUUUUUGUGUGUGUACCUUGAUUUUUUUUUUUAUGUAUU